AUGGCUUCCGCAGACAGCGAGGUGAAAACCCUCCUCAACUUCGUCAACUUGGCCUCGAGCGACAUCAAGGCCGCCUUGGACAAGUCAGCCCCCUGCCGCCGCUCCGUGGACCAUAGGAAAUACCUGCAGAAGCAGCUCAAGCGCUUCUCCCAGAAAUAUUCCCGCCUACCUCGCUGCCACCACCACCUGCAGCCGCAGUUGCCUCCCGCCCGGGAGCGGAGGCCGCCUGAAGGGAGGGCGCGAGGCCUGAGCGUCGCCGACGGCCCCGAGAGCUCUAUAUGCCGAGGCCACGCCGCCUCCGGGGCGGCCAAGGGCGACAAGGCCUCCAAGGCCCCAGAGCGCCUCGGCGGUGAGGAGCAGCAGCAACAGCAAGGGACUCCGGAAGCAGGCGCCAGACCCGACCAAGUGCCCAUGAGGAAAAGGCAACUGCCCGCCUCCUUUUGGGAAGAACCCCGGCCUGCUCCGGGCUCCCCGGGUGUUGUAAGUGGCAUGGUCUUUCCAGUGGGGGUUUCCUCGUCGCCCUCUUCUUCCUCGUCGCCCUCGUCCUCCGCCAAAGACCUGCCUCCUUAUGAGGGAAAGAAAAGUAAAACAGGCCUCGACGGCGGCGGGACUGGCACGGCUCUCGAGAGUCCCCCGCGCAGGCCAGAGCUUGGGGCCGCCAAGAGGCUGAGGGCCUGGGGCUGCUGUCCAUUUCAGUACCACGGGCCACAGGCUUCCCCCGGCGUCUACCCGGCCCCGCUCCCUGCCGCCCUGCCCCCCGCGGCCCCCUUCCCGGCUUUGGGGUUGUGGCGGAAAGAUGCGCCUUCACCGACGGAGGGCAAGGCCUUCUGCCAGCCAGGGCAGAAAGUGUAUCGGCCUGUAGUGUGGAAGCCCAUCCCCACCAAGCCUGCCGCCCCUCCCCUCAUCUUUAGCGUCUUCGGAUACCUUUAGGCUUGGCAGCUUCCCCUCAACUUGCAAGGGCAUCACCUCUCAAUAGUCGCCCUGCCCAGGUCACUCGCAGUGCUGAUUCUGAAAGAAAGCCGAGUGCCUUAAGCUACUUCCAGAGCUUGAAAAAAUAGCUGAUCUGCUCUUUAAUCUCAGGUCCUUGGGCUCUGGAGGUACAUCAGGGAACACAAAAAGCAAAGAAAGUGUGAAGAAGCAUACUGAACCCAGUGAUGACUUAUCCAAUCUCCUGCUACAAUAUGUUCUCUAGGUGACCUUGGGCCAAUUAUCAUCUCCAAACCUGAUCUACCUGGCAAGGGUGUUGUGAGGGAAAGAGUGCAUGUGUGGAAUUUAAACUGUAUACCACCCUGAGCUACUUGAAAGAAAGGCAGGAUAAAAAGAGUGGCAUAAUGAUAAUAACAAUAAAAAUAAACCACACUUU